UUUCAACGGACAAGGGGAAGCAUCAACUAGAGAGCUUCUUCAAUUGGUGGUACUUUUCAUUUACUUUGGCCCUUAUUGUAGCUCUUACUGCGGUUGUCUACAUUCAGACUAAUGUCAGUUGGAUUCUCGGCUUCGCCAUCCCAACCGGCUGUUUUCUUCUCUCUAUAAUCAUUUUCUUGAUGGGUUAUCAUACUUAUAUUCUCAAGGAGCCUCAAGGAAGUGUUUUUAUUGACAUGGCCAAAGUGAUCACAGCUGCUAUUAGGAAGCGCAAAGUAACUGUCGCCCAAGUUUCAGAAGUCUCCCUUUACGAUCCUCCCUUGCCUGCAUCAGUUUCAGAGACGAAAAAAAUUCCCCAUAGCAAUAGAUUCAGUUGCCUUGACAAGGCUGCUGUGAUACUCAAUCCAAGUGAAUUGGAUAACCAAGGGAAGGCGAAGAAUGAAUGGAGAUUAUGCAGCGUGCUACAAGUCGAACAACUGAAAAUGUUGGUGGGAAUGUUUCCAGUUUGGGUUACAGGAAUUAUCUGUUUCAUAGCCAUGGACCAACAGAACACCAUUGGGAUGCUUCAAGCAAUUCAGACUAACACAACAAUUUGGGGUUUCAACGUGCCGCCUGGUUGGAUGGGCCUAGUAUCAAUGAUUUCACUCUCAUCCUGGAUAUUCAUUUAUGAACGUAUCUGUGUACCUCUGUCUCGUAUCCUGACCGGAAAGAAAAGAAGAAUGACAAUGAGACAAAGAAUUAACACUGGCAUUGUGAUGUCAAGUUUCAGCUUAUUGGUAGCUGGUUUUAUGGAACAGAAGCGAAGAGUCUCAGCUUUAGAACAAAAGUCAUUUAAGUCAUCUCUAAGUAUUCUAGCCCUGGUCCCACAAUUUUGCCUCUCAGGAUUGACAGAAGCCUUUGCUGCAGUGGCCUUAAUGGAAUUUUUAACCACAGAAUUGCCAGAAUCCAUGAGAACUGUUUCGGGGGCAACAUUCUUUCUGAGCUUAUCAAUUGCAAGCUAUUUGAACUCCUUUCUAGUAAAUGUGAUUCAUGGUAUAACUGGUAAAAAUGGAGCUGUCCCAUGGCUUGGUGGCACUGAUCUUAACAAAGAUACCCUGGAAUAUUUCUAUUUCUUGAUUGCAGGAAUUGAAGUUCGAGAUGCUGAUGAAGAGAAAUGGGUUAAUGAUUCUUCUGUGGAUCAUAAAGGAAGAGUUCCUCUUCGAGCUUCCACUGGUGUUUGGAAAGCCUCCAUCUUCAUUAUUGCAAUCGAGUUCAGUGAGAGGCUGAGUUACUUUGGGAUAUCAAAGAACCUGAUAAUUUACCUGACCAAAGUGAUCCAUCAAGACCUGAUGACAGCAGCGAGGAAUGUGAACUACUGGGUUGGUGUGACAACUCUUAUGCCACUGCUUGGAGGAUUUGUAGCCGAUGCUUACCUGGGCCGAUUCUCAACCGUCCUUGUUUCAUCCCUCAUUUACCUCUUGGGUUUGCUUCUGUUAACAAUGUCCUGGUACGUGCCAGGCUUAAAGGCUUGUGAUGCAGAAGUGUGCCUUGAGGCUAGAAAGAUUCAUGUGGUGUUUUUUUUUAUUGCAAUAUACUUGGUCUCUGUGGGAACUGGAGGGCACAAGCCCUCUUUGGAGAGCUUUGGAGCUGACCAGUUUGAUGAGGAUCACACAGAAGAAAGAAAGAAGAAAAUGUCCUUUUUCAAUUGGUGGAAUUUUGGCUUCUGUUCUGGAAGUAUGCUUGGGGUCACUGUUGUUAUAUAUGUGCAAGACCAUGUGAACUGGGGUGUAUCGGAUAUUAUCAUUACAGCAGUUAUGGCUAUCUCGCUGCUUAUUUUCAUCAUCGGAAGACCAUUUUAUCGCUAUCGUACGCCAACCGGAAGUGUCUUGACACCAUUGUUGCAGGUUCUUGUAGCUGCUGUUGCCAAAAGAAAUUUGCCUCAUCCUUCCAAUCCUGGUCACCUCUAUGAGGUUCCCAAAACACAAAAGGCCCAGGGAAGGCUUUUGUGCCACACUGACAAGCUCAAGUUUCUUGACAAAGCUGCUAUUGUUGAUAAUAAAACUUCGGUUAAGACGCAAAGUCCCUGGAAACUAGCAACAGUUACCAAAGUUGAGGAAAUGAAGCUUAUUCUUAAUAUGAUCCCCAUAUGGCUAGCUGCCUUACCAUUUGGAAUUAGUGUUGCACAAACUGCCACAUUCUUCAUCAAACAAGGUGCCACUUUGAACCGAAAGAUUGGUGAUGGAUUCAUGAUCCCCCCAGCCUCAAUAUACGCUCUUGCUGCCAUUGGAAUGAUCAUCUCUAUCACUGUUUAUGACAAAAUCCUGGUUCCCAUAUUAAGAAGGGCAACAGGAAACGAACGAGGCAUAACAAUCCUCCAGAGAAUCGGAAUCGGUAUGCUUUUCACAAUUACGACAACGGUAGUUGCAGCCUUGGUUGAGAGAAAGAGACUUGCUGCUGUCGAAAAGGAUCCGAAAUUCGGAUCAAUGUCCAUGAGUGUGUUUUGGUUAGCCCCCCAGUUUGUCAUUAUUGGUGUUGGAGACGGGUUUACUGUGGUGGGUCUGCAAGAGUAUUUUUAUGACCAAGUUCCGGAUUCAAUGAAAAGUUUAGGCAUUGCCUUCUAUCUGAGUGUGAUUGGAGCUGGAAACUUCCUUAGUAGUCUUUUAGUAACACUUCUUGAUCAGAUUACAGAGAAAAUUGGGAAAAGCUGGUUUGGUAAAGAUUUAAACAGCAGCCGCAUAGACAAUUUCUACUGGCUAUUAGCAGGAAUGAACACAGUGAAUUUGUUAUUCUAUGUGUUCUUGGCUAAACGAUACUCAUACAAAAAUGUUAAGAGGAGCAGGGCUGAGCCUGAUUGCCAUGAAGGUGAGGGGUCUGUGGCAGUUGUUGAUAGUUAAUGUAACUUGGUAUUCAA